UUGAAGAACCUUUGAGCAGCGAUAAAGACUGUGAAGGUGAUAUGAGGACUCACACUGACACCAAAAACUCUGAAUGCUCUUCAAAGAAGAGAGGUAAAACAUGUUUGAGCUGCUCAGUUUGUGCUGAAAGUUUUACUACAAAACCCAAUUUGACUCGACACAUGAGAACACACACAGGUGAAAAACCAUUUAAUUGUUCAGUUUGUUCUAAAAGCUUUUCUGUUAAGUGGUAUUUGACUCAACACAUGAGAACACACACAGGUGAAAAACCAUUUAAUUGUUCAGUUUGUAGCAAAAGCUUUUCUCAAAAUAGCAAUUUGACUAAACACAUGAGAACACACACAGGUGAAAAAACAUUUAAAUGUUCAGUUUGUGGCAAAAGCUUUUCUCAAAGUAGCCAUUUGACUCAACACAUGAGAACACACACAGGUGAAAAAACAUUUAAAUGUUCAGUUUGUGGCAAAAGCUUUUCUCAAAAUAGCUCUAUGACUCAACACAUGAGAAAACACACAGGUGAAGAACCAUUUAAUUGUUCAAUUUGUGACAAAAGCUUUUCUCGAAAUAGCUCUUUGACUCAACACAUGAGAACACACACAGGUGAAAAAACAUUUAUUUGUUCAUUUUGUGGUAAAAGCCUUUCUCUAAAUUGCCGUUUGACUGAACACAUGAAAACACACACAGGUGAAAAACCAUUUAAUUGUUCAGUUUGUGGCAAACGAUUUUCUCAAAAUAGCGAUUUGACUCAACACAUGAGAACACACACAGGUGAAAAACCAUUUAAUUGUUCCGUUUGUGGCGAAAGGUUUUCUCGAAAUUGCCGUUUGACUCAACACAUGAGAACACACACAGGUGAAAAACCAUUUAACUGUUCGAUUUGUGGUGAAAACUUUUCUAUUAAGAACCGUUUGACUGAACACAUGAGAACACACACAGGUGAAAAACCAUUUAGUUGUUCAGUGUGCUGUCAAAGGUUCCCACAUAAUGCAGACGCAGUAAAACACAUAAGAACACACAAGGCAAAAUAACCAAUUACCGUAGCUGUUUAGUUUGUGGUAUGUUGCUUGUACUCUCCCAAGUGCGCCACGCCGUCCCCAGGUACACGGUAAAGCGGGGCUGUGACUCCUCCCCUUUCACCCAACGUAAAACAGUAGUAAAAUAAGCAAUC